UCUAAAGAAACAAUUAAAAACAUCGAAACAUCAAGCAACCAGGCAGUUGUUGAUGAAGGGCAAGUUCAACAACACACAAAUAGUCAGCCGUUACUGGUUGUCGAUGUAAGGCCAGAGACUGCUAGAUCCACAAGUAAUCUACCAAAACAAAUUAUUAGUUCCCCUAUGCAAACAACUAUUGGAUCCUCAAGCAACCAGCCACGCUCAAGAGAAGCUCCACAGCAAUUCGCCACUGCGGCAGAUUUAAGCGAUUCAACGUGGCUGCCAGCUGAUUCCUCAGAACAAAGCACCGAAGAAAAUCAAUUGCGGCUCAUUAACGCUAAUAUGAAAGAUGUGGAUCAAAGACCCAUUGUUCUUUGGUCCCAUCCAAGAUCUCUUUCUACGGUUUUUGAACAACCGUUUCUUCAAUGUCCUCAAGAAUUCCAUAUUAUCCAUGAACCAAUUAAUCCAAUAAGUCGUGCUUAUAUAACCAAAAACUUUGAAUUUUUGAAUCAAAUUCCGUUACCUAAACCUACUGAUCCGAUCACUUUUGUACAUCAUUUCUCACCUACUCUUAAUGAAAUUCUUGCUCCUCAUUACUAUAAUGAUGAUAAAACACAUACCUUAAGAGUUUUUGCGAAGGAACAUGCAUCCAAUUUUUUAGAUGCAUUUGAAGGAAAUCUAGACAGAAAUCCAUUAGGAUCCAAGGAAAUUCUUUCAAAAUUUAAACACACAUUCAUAAUUAGAAAUCCAGAAAAAUUCGUAAA